AUGACGCCCAGCGUUGCUUUUUUACUAAUAAUCUUCGCCGACUUUUUCAUGGACGUUUUACGACCAGUGGCAUUCCCUGGGAGGGAGGACAUCGCUGCUAAUGCACUGUUAUCUCUUCCCCGGUUCUGCCCUCUCACUCUCACCCACAUGCUACACCCUCCCUCUGUCUCUCGGUGUGUCUCUCUACCCCUCCCACGUUUACCCCCUUCCUUUUUUUUUCUUUCUUCUCUUCUUGUGCUUGCCCUCCUGCAAGUCUGCUUGCCUCACCUUGUGACGCUUUGCCUCACACAGAAAGGGACGAAGGAAGUAUAUCUAUCUAUCUAUCUAUCUAUCUAUCUAUCUAUCUAUCUAUCUAUCUAUCUAUCUAUCUCUCUCUCUAUAUAUAUAUAUAUAUAUAUGCGUGUUUCUCCAACUCCGUCUACCGGCGCUACUCCUACCAGAACAUCCACCAGAUGGCUUGGCAGACAGUCUGUCCGCGUACACACAUACACAGACGGUAGUAGUAGCAACAGUGACCGCAAUCAUCGCUCUGCAGGGUGGGGUACAGAAUGCAUCCAAUUUUUUCUUUGUCAGUAA